AUGGGUCUGAUAGCCAUUGCAACUGCAACGUCUGGUAUUGCAGCGUCCAUCAUGUCCGGUGGUCGCACCGCCCACUCCAGGUUCAAGAUCCCCAUAAAGCUUUCCGACAACAACAUGUGUAAUUUCACCAAACAGAGCGGUACCGCUGAGUUACUUCGCAGGUCACACUUGAUAAUCUGGGACGAAGUUGCCAUGACCAAACGUCAAGCUGUUGAAACACUCGAUAGGUCUCUCCAAGAUAUAAUGGGAUGCUCGCAGCUCUUUGGUGGAAAGGUCAUGGUAUUUGGAGACUUUAGGCAGGUCCUUUUAGUGGUGACACGUGGUACGAGGGCACAGAUCACUGAUGCUACACUACAAAGGUCUUAUAUAUGGGAGAAGAUACGUAAGAUACAGCUAACCCGGAAUAUGAGGGCGCAGUCUGACCCAUGGUUCUCCGAAUACCUCCUUAGGAUCGGCAAUGGAACUGAAGAGACGAUUGGUGAUGAUUAUGUGCGUCUCCCAAAUGAUAUCGUGGUUGGUUACAGUAUUGCAGAAGAAUCAAUUGACAAACUCAUUGAAUUUGUAUUCCCAGAUCUCCAGAACAAUUCUACGUCAGCGAACUACAUGAGUGCACGUGCUAUCCUCUCAACUAAGAAUGAGCAUGUGGAUGAGCUGAAUGCAAUUAUGAUAGAUAGGUUUCCAGGCAAGGAGACGAUAUACUACAGCUUUGAUUCUGUCGACGAUGAUUCACGAAACAACUAUCCGAUUGACUUUCUGAACUCAAUCACACCAAAUGGAUUGCCACCACAUUUGCUUAAACUCAAAAGCAACUGUCCAGUCAUCCUGCUUCGGAAUCUUGAUCCUCACAACGGUCUCUGCAAAGGAACAAGGCUAAUGGUUAGAGCCUGCCAACGUAAUGCCAUUGAUGCAGAGAUUGUUGGCGGGCAACAUGCUGGAAAGAGGGUGUUCAUUCCUAGGAUCCCUUUGUCCCCCUCAGAGGAUAUUUCACUUCCUUUUAGAUUCAAGAGGAAACAAUUUUCAAUCCGCCUUAGCUUUACAAUGACUAUAAACAAAGCUCAAGGACAAAUCAUUCCUAAUGUUGGUAUUUAUCUACCCGAGCCUGUGUUUUCUCAUGGACAGCUGUAUGUUGCAUUAUCAAGGGGUGUAUCACGUCAGUCAACACAGAUUCUAGCUAAGCUAAAUAAAGAUAUAGAUGCCAUGGGGAGAAGCACCAAGAAUAUUGUGUACAGAGAUGUAUUGGAAUGGUGUUCCUCGGUUUCAUGA